ACUCCCAAUGAACCAAUGACGGGGACUCCUGUCUUUCACAGCGAGCUUUGCGAGGUGAAGAAACGAGUGCCGUCCCUGACCCAGGCCCACGCUGGAUUCCGGCUCUUAGCAGUUUCCCUUCAUUCCCUCCCCGCCCCCCAGAUGGUCGGAGCUGUGAAUGUGAACUUUAACAUUUUCUAUUUACCCAGAGAGGCACAGGCCCGCGGUGGGGCUCGGAGGAUCGGCAUGGCCGGGGACUGGAGGAUUCUGGGGCUGCUCUUCCUGCACCUUUUAUUCCCUCAGACGGAGCAGACAGUAUUUCUAUCGCCUACAAGAGCCAAUAAUGUUAUGGCAAGACAGAAGCGCGCCAGGUCCUAUGUUAUCGAGGAGGUUUUUGAAGGAAAUUUGGAGAGAGAAUGCCUGGAAGAAAGAUGUGAUUACGAAGAGGCCAGGGAAGUAUUUGAAGACAAAGCAGUCACUGACAGAUUUUGGAGCCAUUAUUCGGGUGGGCGAAAAUGUGAUUCGAACCCCUGCCAAAACAACGCGAAGUGCCAAGACAUCAGCUACGGUUACAUCUGUCUCUGCCCGGAGGGAUAUGAAGGAAUUAACUGUCAACACGAGAGCAGUAAAUGUCACCCCUUGACUCGAGGGGGCUGUCAACAAUUCUGCCACCCGGGGCUACGUUCCUUCAAGUGCAGUUGUGCAAGCGGGUACACACUUGGGGAGGAUGAUAAAUCGUGCUUUCCAAACGAGGACUGCGCAUGUGGAAUUCUCAAUCAGGAAGGUAACGGGACUGUCCUGGAAACCAAGGAGGCUCGCCCUGAGUUCCUGUGGCAGGUGAAAUUGAUGAAUUCAGAAGGCGAGGAGUUCUGUGGUGGGGUAAUAUUGAAGAAAAAUUUUGUGUUGACCACAGCUGAAUGUGCCCGCACGUAUGAAAACAUCAGCGUAGUAAGUAGCAACGCCACCGCGGACCCAACGCCACUGGAUGUUCAGGUCCACAGGAUCUACGAACACAUGCACUACGACCGAGAGACGGGAGAAAAUAACCUGGCGCUGCUAGAGCUGGCCGAGCCCAUUCGGUGCCGGGACGGCAGAGUCCCCGUUUGCAUUCCCGAGAACGAUUUCGCGUCCUACGUUCUAAUCCCCAGCAAGUUGGGCGUCAUCAGCGGCUGGACCGUCGACGGAAACCAGCUGAGGGACUGGACGGUGGGACGGUCCGACGCCCACCUGUCCGACAAGGAAUGCGAGCGAGCGGUGAACGGGACCGUGACGUCCAGGAUGUUCUGCGUGAAGCCGAGCGGUUCGGCGACAAAGCCGCUGGUAGAAGGAAGUAUCAUUACGAUGGAAGACCGGAACACUUGGUUUCUGCUAGGGAUUCUGAACUCUCCGCCCACCCAACAGCCCGGACAGAGCCUUCUUUUCACCAAGGUUACGAGAUACUCCAUGUGGUUCAGAAAAAUAAUGGGAUAAUUGCGUUCCAACGCCCGGGACCUCCCUCCUCCUUCGGAUCACACCACUGCUCUUAGCGCCUUGAGAACCGACUGAAAAAAUUCACUGUCAUAUUUACUGAGCGCUUACUGUGUGCAAAGCACUGUACUAAGCACUUGGGAGUGUACCACAGACACAUUCCCUGUCUACAAUCUGCUCACUAACAUCUCUUCCCCGAUGAAGCCCCUCUAGACUGUAAGCUUGUUAUGGGGCAGGGAACUUUUCCACUAGUUCUGCUAUAUUGUACUCUCCCAAGCACACAGGAAGCGCUCACUAAAUACCACUGAUUGAUAAGUCUUCCUUUCCCCUACUCACUCUCCCUUCUGCACUUAGACCUGUACCCCUUUAACACUUGAAGGGCACCCUGCUUUCCACCCCACAGCCUUUAUGAACAAAUCUUUAUUCUCUGCCACUUCCCCUAUCCAUAUUUAUUUCAACGCCUGCCUCCGCCUCGAGACUGUAAGCUCAUUGUGGGCAGGGAUCCUGUCUGCUAAUUCUGUUGUACCGUACUCUGCCGAGCGCUCGGUACGGUGCUCUGCACAACAGUAAGAGCUCAAAAAAUAUCACUGAUUGAUUAAUUACUGCCGAUGGCUCAACAAAAUAUGCACAAACGAAAAAGUAAUUCUUAUAGUGAUGACAAUGAAAAAGUACCUCCAACUAGAAGUCUUACUUUUCUAUGAGAGCUUUGUGACCACUUUAGUCCUGGAGUCACUCGAAAUCAUUUAUGCUGCCAGUUAAACUUAUUACAGUUCAAUGGUUUGAAAUUCUAAUUUUAAGGUACUAUAAAAUGUUUAAAAUAAAUCUUUCCUACUUCCUCUCA